AUGUCCACGAAUCUGACGGGCGGGCUGUGCCAGCUGUGCGACGGGACGGUGGAAUGCGCGCCGACCGCCGUGUUGCUGGUCGCGCUCAUACACACGCUGUACGGACACAUCGGCACGGAGCCAGAUUACUUCGGCCAGCCAAGAGACCAGGGGAUAGAGGAGGAGGAUAAUAUUGAGCGGGGCAGGACAUCUCGUGUAGAGAAGCUGCUCCAGUACGGGGGCAGCGCUCGCUGGCGGCAGCAGCCGGAGCCGGCGCCCGAGUACGACUUCAUCGUGGUGGGCGGCGGCACCGCCGGCUGCGUGCUGGCCAGCAGACUGUCGGAGAACAAGAACUGGAAGGUAUUGCUGCUAGAAGCUGGUCCACAUCAACCCAAAAUGACUUUGAUCCCAGCGCUCACAGCCGAGUUCAAGUCCUCAGCCAUCGACUGGCAGUAUCACAUGAGACCUAAGAAGGGGUUUUGCCAGAACCAGGUGGACGGGUGCGAUGUGGUCCAAGGAAGGGUCCUUGGAGGGACCUCAUCUAUUAAUGAAAUGGCCUACAUGCGAGGUAGCCCUGCUGACUACGACGCGUGGGCGCUGGCAGGCAACGAGGGCUGGAGCUACAGCCACAUCCUGCCAUACUUCAAGUACUCCGAGGGGAACUACGACAAAGACAUCUCCAAAAACCAUUACUACCACUCGACACAAGGACCUCUCGACGUCGGCAGAUACCCGCAUGUUGACGACAAUGUCGAUAUUCUACUGGGAGCAUUUAAUGAGAUGGGAUACAACUAUACAGAUAUAAACGGUAAAAACCAGCUGGGAUUCAUGAGAAUUCAAACAACCAGCUACUUUGGAGAAAGAGUCAGUACAUACACUGCGUUCAUAGAACCAAUACAAAUCAUAAGAAACAAUCUCGUUAUUAUCACAGAAGCAUUAGUCACUAAAGUAAUAUUUAAACAUACUCAAAAUACCAUGCGCGCUGUUGGCGUAGAAUACAUGAUGAAUGGUACAAUAUACAAGGCUUUAGCUACUAAAGACGUAAUUGUAAGCGCUGGCGCUAUAAAUACACCAAAAUUAUUAAUGCAAUCAGGUAUCGGGCCCAAGGAAUACCUGGAUUACCUGAACAUUCGGAUAGUGCGUGACCUGCCGGUGGGGGCUAACUUUCACGACCAUGUGUCAGUGUGUUUGCCGAUCAUCCGGCUCGGGAAGACUGCAACUGCGGAGACGUUUGUAGAGAAAUUGCGAGACAUCACUACUUACUACGGGAAAGGAAUCGGUCCGUUGUCUGCUAACUUCCAGGUGCUGGGAUUAUUUAAAAGCAAAUACAGUGACGUGCCAGGAGCCCCUGACAUUGAGAUUCGCUUCAAAGGUCACGACUCACACAUGUACUACGAUAGGAUGGACAUGUGUGUGUCCCUGCUCACACCGAACAGCCGUGGUCAAGUGGUGCUCAAUGCUUCGGACCCUGUGUUCGGAAAGCCCUUGAUAUAUCCCAACUUUCUGAAAGAUCGUCGAGAUGAGGAAAAACUAUUAGAAGGAAUACAAAUUGCAAUCAGUCUUUUCGACACAGAAGUUUUCAAAAAAGCUGAAUAUGAAUUCGAUCCAAGAUUAAUACUCAAUAAUGAAUGCAAGAACGAUAAAAGAGCUACGGAUGAUUUUUGGUUAUGUAUAGUGAAACACUUCUCGGAACCUAUGCACAAUUAUGUUGGGACAUGUAAAAUGGGUCCCCCGAGUGACCCGGCCGCUAUCGUCGACGACCACCUGAGAGUCUACGGGGUAGAGAGGCUGAGGGUGGUCGAUGCCUCAGUUGUACCGAAAAUCCCGAGGGGCUCAACGCUAGCUCCUGUCAUCAUGAUAGCUGAAAAAGCGAGUGAUAUAAUAAAAACAUCUUGGUACUAA